UUCUGGUAGCCCCUUCGCCAGCGGGAGUGUUUGCAUAGCACCAUGCAGGCUGCGGGCUCGGGAGCAGCUGAUACCGACGCUGCUGUGACCAGUAGCAGCACAGACGUCGACGGCACAGACGGGGCAGAGGAGAGGAUGGAGAGGACGGUGCCAAGCGAGCAGCAGCAGCAGCAGCAGCACAGGACCAACAACACCCAGCAGCAGCAGAUGUCCUUAAGCCCGUCCGGUGUGCUCGACAAACUGUUUGGUAAGCGCCUCCUCCAGGCCAGACACUACAUCAUGUCUCGGAGGUCCUGGCUGAAGAUGGUGCCAACCGAAAACUGUGAUAUCCUGAUGGCAUUCCCAGAUACGAUCGAUGACCACACACUGCUGUGGCUCCUGAACCAGAUCCGUGUUGGAAUCCCUCAAAUCAGCAUUCAGAUUCGACAACAUAAACACACCCAGGCCCACGCCUUCUUCAUCACCACAACGUUUGAGAACUUACUGCGCGGUGCCGAGCAGAUGGGCAUGUACAAGGCGGUCAAACCUCAGUUUGGUGGCGGGAUGCGGCGCUUCUCCUGUGAGGAGGACAACAUCUACGAGAACAUCGAGAGCGAGCUGUGCUUCUUUACCUCACAGGAGCGUCAGAGCAUCAUCAAGUAUUGGCUGGAUAACCUGCGAGCCAAACAGGGGGAGGUCCUUCACAACAUUCACUUCCUGGAGGGACAGCCAAUCAUUCCAGAGCUCGUAGCUCGGGGGGUGAUCCAUCAAAUGUUUCCUCUCCACGAACAGAGGAUCCUCAACCAGCUGAUGACGUCUUGGGUCCAGGCCGUAUGUGAAAGACAGCCGCUGGAUGAUAUCUGUGACUACUUUGGAGUGAAGAUCGGGAUGUAUUUUGCUUGGCUGGGCUUCUACACCAACUCCAUGCUGUACCCUGCUGUCAUCGGCUUCCUGCUCUGGAUACUAGCAGAGGCCGACCAGACCAGUCAGGAUAUCUGCUGCGUGGUAUUCGCCCUCUUCAACGUUGUCUGGGCCACGUUGUUUCUGGAGCGCUGGAAGAGGCGGGAGGCCGAGCUGGCCUACAGGUGGGGCACUCUGGACACCCCCACCGAGUCCUUGGAGGAGCCCAGGCCACAGUUCAGGGGCGUGAAGCGCUGCAGCCCCGUAACCGGCUGUGAGGAGUUCUACUAUCCGCCCUGGAAGAGAGCCCUGUUCAGGUGGCUGGUCAGCCUGCCCAUCUGCCUCCUCUGCCUCUGUUUCGUCUUCAUCGCCAUGCUCCUCUGCCUGGAACUGCAGGAAGUGGUGAUGGAGAUUCAGGAGCUACCUAGUAUUACAAGAUUCAUUCCUAAGAUACUUCUGGCCAUCACUGUAUCCAUAUGUGAUGAGGUGUAUAAGAAGAUCGCCUAUUGGCUCAAUGACAUGGAGAACUACAGACUUCAGAGUGCCUACGAGAAUAAUCUCAUCAUCAAGAUGGUUUUUUUUGAAUUCAUCAAUUCUUACCUUAGCCUUUUUUACAUCGGAUUCUACCUCAAGGACAUGGAGCGGCUGAAAGAGAUGCUCGCCACCCUGCUGAUCUUUCGCCAGUUCCUGCAGAACAUCAAAGAGGUCCUCCAGCCAUAUCUCUAUGAGCAGAACAAGCUGGGUGUCUUCACCCCGAAGGUGCUCUGGGAGCUGAUCCAAGCCAUCACGCUCAAAUACGGCCGACUGGCUCUUGGGAAGGCUCAAGCCUCAAUGACAGCAUACUCCUUCCUGGGUCCCAAAGGGCUGUCGGUCAGUCCCAGCGCUAACGGUAACCCAGAGCCGAAGAGAAGAGGGGACCUGAAAGCCGGAUUCAGGCUGACAGAAGAAGAGUGGGACAUGAAUGACAGUGCUCUGAAACAACGUAAAGUCAGUUUCACGGAGAAGGUUGACUACCAGGACGUCACAGCGGAGAUGCAGGCGCGGGACCGCAGCUCCCUGGAGGACAGUCCCACAAUGGUAGAGGAAGGGAUGGAACGAUCGAGUAUUUUUGACAGUUGUGACGAGGACAGUGAUUGUGAGCUGCUGUCUCAGGAUACGAAGGAGAACGCCACUGUGCCCUCUCCGAAUGACAACCUUUGCCAUAGAAGGAAGAAUGUAGCUGAAGAGAAAGAGGACAAUAAGUCGUGGAUCGAUCCUCCAGAGGAAACCAAAACUGUGACUCUGACCCAGGCUGAGAUUGAGAGCUGUAUGCAGACGUAUGAGGACACGCUUCAGGACUACCAGGAGAUGUUCAUUCAGUUUGGUUAUGUGGUGCUCUUCUCCUCUGCGUUUCCCCUGGCAGCCAUGUGCGCUCUCAUCAAUAACAUCAUCGAGAUCCGCAGUGACGGCCUAAAACUCUGUUCCGGCCUUCAGAGGCCAUUUGGCCAGAGAGUGGAGAACAUUGGACAGUGGCAGACUGCUAUGGAGGCUAUGGGCUUGAUAGCCAUCAUAGUUAACUGUUACCUGAUUGGUCAGUGUGGGCAGCUGCAGCGUCUGUUCCCCUGGCUGAGUCCUGAGAUGACCAUCAUCUCCAUUGUCUUACUGGAGCACUUUGCAAUCCUCCUAAAGUACGUCAUCCAUGUUGCCAUCCCUGAUAUCCCUGGCUGGGUAGCAGAAGAGAUGGCCAAGCUAGAGUACCGACGAAGGGAAGCUUUCAAGAAACAUGAGCUGCAGGCCCAGCAACACUUCCAACAGCAGCUCAGACGCCGGCGUGAGGAGGAGGAUCUUCAGCGCCAGGCCGAGCUGCAGGCAGAGGCCCGUCAGGAGAGCGAGUAUCACAAGGCCGAAAGCCAGCACCAGCAUCACCACGACAAAUCGUCGGGGGGCAAGUCGGGGGACAAGCCCAAGAGACCCAGCUCUCUGCUGGGAAACAACAACGUGAUGAAGCUGAAACAAAUCAUCCCUCUCCAGGGGAAGUUCUCCUCUGGCACCUCACGCUCACCGGCUCAGUCCCCGACAGGAGGUGAGGCCAAGCUGCCUGGAUUUCUGAAGUUCCUGAAGUCGCCCGAGAUGAAAAAGGAGCCAGCGGUGGUAGCAGGAGCAGCACCAGGCUCAACAGUCACCUCUUCAGUUCUCCCUGGUGGCCAGGAGAGGUCACAGUCCCCCAACAGGACAUUCAGUCCUGGGAAGCUGUUCAGUUUCAGCAAAUCGGAGGGUACCAUUGUGUGUGCCAACGGGACACAACCAGCGACUCAGCCCAACAAGUAUGACUUAAACACGUCGCUGGAGGAACUAGCCUCUAACGAGUCCGAUAAAGGAGAAUCAAUCAGACAACAGACUGAUUUAGAAAACUCUGGCUCGAAAAGCUAAUGAACUUUCAGCCGUGCCAAUGUAACAUUACUAACCGAGAGCAAUGUACAAAUGUUCAGGCGACAUUCACGGUACUGUAGGAGAACAUAUCACUCACACGGACCACAUGUAAAGUCAGUGAGCGUUAGAUUUCCCGUCUGGAUGCAACUUACUCCGCACAAAGUACAACACUAACACUUGAUUAUCUAGCUUCCACAUUAACUAUGUACAGUAAGUGUUUGAAUGGAGGAUUGAGAAACCUCUUGACGUACAGCUGAAAUACUGCAUGACUGCCUGGUUUUCCAACAGCGCCAGAACAGAUGAUGUUGCUGUCUAGGAUCUUUUUAAAAAUCUAAAUCGAAACAUAUAAAGAACUUUAUCGUCGAUGACCUCGUUUUGUCAGAAGGACACGAACAGCAGCUUCCCAUUCCACGUCCGUCUCCUUCCGAUGCCUGUGUUUGAAUGCAUGUUACGUCAUGUGCAUGUCCACCAUGUGUUUUUGAGUUGUGCACUUUCAAAGCCAUUCUAUUCCUCCGCAAUAGGUCCGAUUAUAUUCACUGUGACCACGAAAAAAUAUUCUAUUUUUCUUAACUUUGAUUUUCUAUGAAUUAUUUUACUACAUAAAUUAGCGAAUGUACUUCUAAGAUGCAAAACAAAUCUCACUUGAAUAAACGUCCAUCAAAUGA